AUGGCAGCACUUGGAGAACACCCCAUCGUCACAACGUUAUGGUUGUGCUCGAUGUUUGCGACUUCACUACAAGCACAGUGCGACAAUCACGAUGACUACUUAAUUGAUUCUACCGGCAGAGACAUCAUCUUAGAAAUCCACAAUCAGAAAAGGGAGUCCACAGCUAAGGCUGGAUACAAAAAUGGUGUUAACACCUUCAACAUAAGAUAUGCAAAGAACAUGUUGGAAAUGAAAUACGAUUGUGAUUUGGAAACGAGUGCACACUCGAUUGCCUCUGCUUGCCCCCAGACAGAAACUUCUCAAACAUCACUUACCAAUGAAGGUGAAAACUUUUACAUGAUUAACAAGGAAUACCAAGAGAUUGGAUCAGCGUCACAAGCUAUGUACAUAGCAGGAACCGCAUGGUUCGAAGAGAUUACAAAAAAUGGCAUCAACCAAAAUAUAGACUUCACGCAAUUCUUCGCCGAUAAGAAACCUACUGUGUACCAUUGGUCGCAGAUGGUUUGGGCAAAAACGUAUAAAAUCGGAUGCGAGAUAGGAGACUGCGAUGGCAAAACCAUCGUAGUGUGCCGUUACAGUCCGAAAGGAAAUGUGGUGGGAGAAAAAGUUUAUCAGCCCGGUCAAGUACUGACUUGCGAGAAUGGAGUAUCUCAAGGGUAUCCCAAGCUUUGUGCGUAUCCUCUAUAAGUUUUUCAAGCGAAUAAAUCUUUUGCAUUA